UCCUUUUUAUUCUGUGCAGGACUCCAGCCCAUGGGAGGGUGCUGCCCAGAGAGGUGUUUCCUAGGAGAUUCUGAAUCCAAUCAGUUGAUAAGGAGGAUUAGCCAUCUCGAGCUUCCUCCAUGUGCUCUUGCUACCGUGGACUGACCUGCUCUGCCCUGUCUUCCCUCCCAUGAUGCCCUCUGGAACUUGGCCGUGAGCUGAACACACUCCUAUUCUGCUAAGGGCUCACCUCAUGAUGCUGCUCCAGGCUUGACGCAACAAGACCAAAUGAGCGUGGGCACUUUGAAACUGUGCACGGGGACGGAUCGUUCCUGCCUGUAAGAUAUUUAUUCCCGCGUGGAAGGGUAGCGCCGGGGCUACCACUCCUUCUGAACCAUGGUGCCGUGGCUGUGGAAGGGGCUGGUAGGCAUCGGCCUCGUGGCCCUGGCCCACGCUGCCUUUUCGGCUGCACAGCAUCAUUCUCAUAUGCGACUAACGGAAAAGGAGUACGACUCGCUGCCUGCAGACAUAGUUCUCCAGACACUUCUGGCCUUUGCGGUUACCUGUUACGGCGUAGUUCAUACGGCAGGGGAGUUUAAAGACAGGGAUGCCACUUCAGAACUAGAGAAUAAGACGCUGGACGCCUUCAGGAAUCGCCCGUCCUUUUAUGUGUUUCAUUAUUCUGGUCGUGGACUGUUCCGGCCUUCAGAUACAUGUUCUUCGAACGUCAGCGCGUUAUCUCCUGACAUACGUUUGAAGUUUUGAAAGUUCAAAUCACUGUGCUGCUUAGCCUUUUACCAUUUAAGUAAUAGGACAGGAGCAGAAUUAAGUCCUGGGAUUUGGAAUGUAAAACCACCUCCUACACGUCAGUAUUUUUAUCGAUAUUUUUCAAAUUUAAUUAAAAAAAAAAACUAUAACCAAAGAACAAACAAAAAAAAAGCAAAAGGUAUUUAUCUUGGGUAUCUCGUCACGGCUGUAGGAAGCUGACUAACUGGGGAGGUAUUUUCGGAUGAGGCAAACAUUUGAAUCUCAGCCCAAGGAAAGCAGAGUGCCCUCGAUAAUGCAAGUGGACCUAACCCUGUCAAGGGGCUGAGUGGAACAGAGGCUUAGUGAGGAAGACACGCUCCUGCAGGCCUGAGCUGAGACAGUGACCUUUCUCUGGCUCCGUCCCCUAAACCAAACAUCAGCCCUUCUUGCGUGUUGAGCCUGCUGGCUCUCAGACUUGCGUGUAGGCUCCCCUGGGCUCUGCCUGCGGACCACAGUUUUGAGGGACUUGCAGGUUUUCGCAGCGCGCCGUCCAGCUCUUCAUUGCGACUCUCGCCACGGGCUCCUCCAGGCUCUCAGACUGAUGAUCUGGGGGCAGCUGUGAGCCGGGAGCUCAAAGAUGGCGAUGAUUUUCCAUGCUGUGUCAGAGAAAGAGGCCAGCGUUCCCAGAAUGGUGGAGAUAAGUGGUGGAGAGAGCCUCGCCCCUGCCAGUCCGGCUGAAGAGGUGGAGAGAGCCUCGCCCCUGCGGGCAGUUCCAUGUGCCAGUCGCUGUGGUCUGGUUAUCCUCCCACUUCUCUUUUGUGCUGGUUCCUUCCGUAUGAGAUUCUGCCGUUUGCAAAUAUGUUAGUGUUUGUCAGAGGACAAGAAUCAACAGGGGUGUGGGUGUAUAAAACUGUCCCUUGGUGUCUACAGAGGACUGAUUCUACAGCCGUCUACAGGAACCCAAAUCCUCCGAUGCUCCAGUAGUUUUUAGAAAAUGACGUAGUGUUUGCAUCUAACCUAUGCCUACCCUCUCAUCUACUUUUAGUCGUCUCUAGAUUACACAUAAUACCAUGAAAUUCUGUAAAGAGUUGUCACACUGGACUGUUUAGGGAACAAUGAUAAGAAAAUGUGUGCAUAUGUUCAGUACAGAUGGAAUUCUCCACUCCCCCCCA